AUGGAUCGUUCUAGGAAGUUUUCCCCGGUGUGGAAUAAUUUUGAUCUGGUGACGCCAAACAAGACCAUCAAGGACUUGGUGAGCCAGAGAUACGAGGAGGAAAAGGAGAAAACCAAAAAGGACCUCCAGAGUGCCGUUGCAGUUACUUUAACAGCUGAUAUGUGGACGUCUAUGAACAUGGAGGCAUAUCUAGCUGUUACUGGCCACUAUGUGGACAAAGAAAGCCAUGAACUCCGUUCUUCAGUCUUGGCAGUGCAGCAUUUUCCUCAGAAACACACUGCAGAAAACAUUGCCACGGUGAAAAGGAGCCUCAUGGAGGAGUGGGGCAUAGCAGGAAAGAAUCCUACAUUUACCAGCAGGAGACGGGUGGUGGACACGUGUUUGGAGGAGAUGGACCAGGAUCAGAUCCAGGACCGAGACCACGAUCAGAACCAGGACCAGGAGUCCAGCAGCAGGACCAAAGCGGACUCUUCCUCCGCGGGUCUGCAGAAACAUAAAGCCAAAGAGAGAACCAAGAGUUACUGCUUUGAUAGGAGGGAUAAGGUCCUCACCACUUCACCAAGACUGAAGGUCCGAAAGAGGAUUCAUACUGAAGAGAAGCCGUACACCUGUGAUCAGUGUGGGUCAGCUUUUAGCCAACAACGUGAUCUAAGGCGUCAUCAGCGUAUUCACACUGGAGAAAAGCCGUACAAAUGUAAUCAGUGUGGGGCAGCUUUUACCGAACAAGGUAAUCUAAGGAGUCAUCAGCGUAUUCACACUGGAGAAAAGCCGUACACCUGUGAUCAGUGUGGGUCAGCUUUUAAACGACAAAGUGAUUUAAGAAGUCAUCAGCGUAUCCACACUGGGGAUAAGCCUUUCAAAUGUGAUCAGUGUGGGGCAACUUUUACCAAGUCAGGUAAUCUAAGGAGUCAUCAGCGUAUUCACACUGGAGAAAAGCCUUACAGAUGUGAUCAAUGUGGGGCAGCUUUUCCCCAACAAGGUAGUCUAAGGAGUCAUCAGCGAAUUCACACUGGAGAUAAGCCUUACAGAUGUGAUCAGUGUGGGGCAGCUUUUACCCAACAAGGUAAUCUAAGGAGCCAUCAGCGUAUUCACACUGGAGAUAAGCCUUACAGAUGUGAUCAGUGUGGGGCAGCUUUUACCGAACAAGGUGAUCUGAGGCGUCAUCAGCAUAUCCACACUGGAGAAAAGCAUUACGGAUGUGAUCAGUGUGGGGCAGCUUUUACCAAACAAGGUCAUCUAAGGAGUCAUCAGCGCAUUCACACUGGAGAAAAGCCUUACAGAUGUGAUCAAUGUGGGGCAGCUUUUACCCAUCAAGGUAAUCUAAGGCGUCAUCAGCGUAUUCACACUGGGGAUAAGCCUUACAGAUGUGAUCAGUGUGGGGCAGCUUUUACCAUCUCAGGUGAUCUAAGGAGUCAUCAGCGUAUUCACACUGGGGAUAAGCUUUACAGAUGUGAUCAGUGUGGGGCAGCUUUUACCCAACAAGGUAAUCUGAGGCGUCAUCAGCGUAUUCACACUGGAGAAAAGCAUUACAGAUGUGAUCAGUGUGGGGCAGCUUUUACCCAUCAAGGUAAUCUGAGGAGUCAUCAGCGUAUUCACACUGGGGAUAAGCCUUACAGAUGUGAUCAGUGUGGGGCAGCUUUUACCCAACAAGGUACUCUAAGGAGUCAUCAGCGUAUUCACACUGGGGAUAAGCCUUACAGAUGUGAUCAGUGUGGGGCAGCUUUUACCAUCUCAGGUAGUCUAAGGCGUCAUCAGCGUAUUCACACUGGGGAUAAGCCUUACAGAUGUGAUCAGUGUAGGGCAGCUUUUACCACGUCAGGUGAUCUAAGCAUUCAUCAGCGUAUUCACACUGGAGAUAAGCCUUACAGAUGUGAUCAGUGUGGGGCAGCUUUUACCCAACAAGGUCAUCUAAGGAGUCAUCAGCGUAUUCACACUGGAGAAAAAGUCUUUCAGAUGUGAUCAGUGUGGGGGAGCUUUUACCCAACAAUGUAAUCUAAGGAGUCAUCAGCGAAUUCACACUGGAUAAAACAUUUUGUUUGUGAUCAGUGUGGGGCAGCUUUUACUCAGAGAGCUCAAUCAAAGGUACCAAUUUAGACAUGUUAUGUUCUGAGAAGAAAAAAAAUGUGUUUAUCUUAAAUUAGAUUUCUACGACUAAAAAAUCAUUUAAAUAAACAAGUUCUUUGUUUUCCUGCUGGAUUUCAGUUUCCUGCUCACUGAAAACUCACAACAAUACAUCAGUGUCAGAAUAUUAGAAAAGAGUCACACAGUAGUGCGUUUUUCAUGUGGUGCUGGAUUUAAAUUACCUCUGGAUCUGCAAUCAUUCUAAAAUGACACCAUGACAUCUGUAUUUCGUUCACCUAAUUCACACUAGAUACGUGAAGUCUGUGUUGUACUGCCCUCAUUCUGUUGAAAAAUUCCCUUUUAUCUUGUGAGGUUAAUCAAACUUUUGAACUAGUUUAUCCUUAUGAAACCAUCACAUGCUUUGUCAACAGAUGUCAGGACAGCCACUUCCUGAUAUACUCAAGGUUUCGACUGUCCAGGGGACAGCUGUCCCAUUGUCCUUUAGGGUUAACUAAAGGUUAGCCUGGACCAUCUGUUCAAAACCUCCAUCAGAGUUCCUGUUUUGUCCGGAAAGCAUUUGACCCAUGUGACCCAUUGCUUUUAAAAAUGUUAAGCUUCUGCAUACCACAGAUUAGUUCCUCUUUAACUGAAAUGUCACAUGUGUGACCUUUUAACCCCGAUGUCUGUUUCCCCUCUGUAUGUUUACUGUUUUCUUCCCAUUGUCCACUGUCUACGGUUGACAAUCCUUAUGUGGUCAUUUCCUGUCAAAUUCUCAAUAAAAAGCCGAUGCAAAGAGGAACCACUGAAGCACUGAUCAGCAGCAUUC